AUGUCGCACAAGGACAUUAAGGAUAGAACGCUAGCCGCCCUUAUGGCUAUAUUAGCCUUCCUGUCAGUAGCCGCGGUGUUAGGCCUAGCCAAUUACAUCUACGAUGGUUGGGUCUGUGCGGAGAAGACUGCUUUGUUCAACAACCAGGUCAGUUUAACGUGAUAUUGCAUGUCUAAAACUGUUUUUUCUGGCAUUUUUGUUUUCAUAAUCGCAUCGAAUUUUAUUAUACCAUGAGGUAUUUGAAUAUAUACUACAAUUCAAUGCAAAAAAACAACUGAUUGAAACCCAAAACUUUUUAAAAUUUUAAGUUAAGGUCGCUGAAAACUAAAAUGUUUGCAAUUUGUAAACAAAUAUGCGACUUUACAGUGAAAAAGAAUAUGAAGAUGGUUUGUUGGUAACCUAAUAGAUUAGUAAAGUAAGUGUUUGCAGCCCACAGUCAGCUCGUAUCAAUCAAAGAGUGCAGCGGAAAAGGUUUGUUGUUUAGUGUUUUGAUAGCAAUUGUUAUAUAAACUGUUCGUAUUGCACAUUCCGACCUUGAGACGGAAGUUAUCACUGCAUUUCCGUUCCAAAACAUAACUUUAGGGCUCCGGACUGUCUCGAGUCAAGUUUUGUUGUAAAGCGCUUUAAAUUUUUAGUUUUAAAAUCAUUUCUGUACUUUCAAAUAAUGUUUGGUAAAUUCAAGACCCAGAUUUCAUGUUAUACUAACCAUUUUUUUCCAAAAAAUCAUUGUAAAUCAUACUACUUAACCUUCCACCAACUUCGAAAUCCCCGCAAUCUAAAGUAAUACUAGUAAACGAGUUGUUAAUUGUUUUACAAAAAAACAGUAGAAAAACAUUUGAAAAACGCCUUUUUACACUAAACCUUCACAACAGUUUCUUGCCUUCAGAACUAUCGGAUUCUACACGUUAACGACCCCGAGUGUUGUCUCGUAAUUCCAGAAUGUAGCGAUUGCCAAGAUCGACAGAAAGGCACCGUAACUACAGUAAUCACCAGCUCGAUCGACGUUUUCGAGCUUCUCGGAGAAGAGGGAUUCUCCUUAUGUGACCAGUUGAGUGUGGGCAGAACCACGAUUGUAACUGGUACGUUUUGUACAGUAUAAAUAUACAAAGUAAUACGAUCGAAAACAAUACGACUUUACAGUAAACACAACCAUGAAAUUAACUAAAAAUAAAAUUUAUAAAAUAUCAUUUUAGAUACCUUGGGUGUCACAAGAAACAAAAAAGCGAAAAACUUUGUGAUAUGUAAUGAGAAUACGGUAAGUUUUUAACUUAUUAUCAGCAAAUUGUAACACAAUCCACUUAUAUAUAGAUUACCACUAUUUUAACCCUCACAACAUUAACUUUAAAACAAUAUUAAUAAAAAUUUAGCUAUCAAAACUAAUAUUUCAGAAACUAGAACCAAAUUGAUAUAUUAAAACGAAUACUUUAGAUAGUAACAUCAGUAAACCUACCCUUUGCCCAACUAGAAACGUACUGUCCGCAGUAG